AUGUACGUUAUUUCAAUACUUACUAUACCUAUAUAUAGUGUCGGCAAAUCCAGUAUUUUAAAGCGAUAUACAGAUCAAGAGUUUAAUCAACAAUAUAUUUGUACGAUUGGUGUUGACUUCAAAGUCAAGUUUCUCAAAAUCGCGGGAACCGGUGUUAAGUUGCAGAUCUGGGAUACGGCUGGACAGGAAAGGUUUAAAGCUAUCACUACAUCAUAUUAUAGAGGAGCUCAUGGAGUACUAGUGGUUUACGAUAUAACAAAUAGACAAACAUUUAACGCUAUAAUCAAUUGGUUGCGAGAAAUUAGACUUUUCGGUGACAAUAAUGAUAAUAUGGGUGUCAUAUUGAUUGGAAACAAAGUCGACUGUCCAGACAAUAGAUGUGUUAGCGUAUCGGAAGGUCAACAGUUUGCCGGCCAAAUGGGUAUACCAUUUAUAGAGUGUUCGGCCAAAACCGGUGCCAAUAUUGACGAAGCAUUUGAAUUGAUGGCCACCAAAAUUAUUUUAAAUCAGAUGAUUAGCACCGGUAGUCUAGAAGCCAAUUCUUCAAACAAAAAGACUGUCGAUAUUUUAACUUAUGAUUCAUGUAGUUAUCAUAAGUGCUGUUAA